CCUGCUCAGGCUUUAUAAAUGGCCUCAGCCUGACAGGUAGACCAGGUGAAAGUCAAGACACGAUGCAUGCAAUGAUGACAGUAAAACACACAGCAGCGUGGGCUCUUCUGCUGUGGCCCUGCUUGUUUACCGUGAGCGUCCCGCUGGACUGUAAGGACGAGCAGGUCAGCAUCACUCGCUGCCCCUUCAUCUCCCAGGAGAAACUUCUGGACAGAGUCAUCCAGCACGCCGAGCUCAUCUCCCGCAUCUCAGAGGAAACCUGUUCUCUGUUUGAAGAGAUGUUUGUUCCUUUUCCACUGCGUCUCCAGAGGAACCAGGCGGGCUACACCUGCAUCACCAAGGCCCUGCCCAUCCCCAGCUCCAAGAGUGAAAUCCAGCAAAUAUCUGAUACAUGGCUGCUCCACUCUGUCCUGAUGCUGGUCCAGUCCUGGAUCGAGCCUCUGAUCUACCUGCAGACCACGCUGGACCAGUACGACAACGCCCCAGUUAUACUGCUCAACAAGACCAAGUGGGUGUCUGAGAAACUCAUCAGUCUGGAGCAGGGCGUGGUCGUCCUCAUCAAGAAGUUGUUGGACGAAGGAGCGCUGACCGCGUCCUUCAGCGAACAGAGCCUCUUCCAGUACGAACCUGCACCAGACCUGUUGGAAUCGGUGAUGAGAGACUAUAUCCUGCUCAGCUGCUUCAAGAAGGACACCCACAAGAUGGAGAUUUUCCUCAAACUCCUCAAGUGUCGGCAAACCGACAAGUACAACUGUGCAUAAACAGUCCAGUCGCCGCUGAAUAAAAGCACGUUUAGCUUUAAACUGAAUUCCGAGCUCUCGUAGAUAGGACGGUGCCCCGGGCGAUCAGCCCUGCUUGCAAAUGCAGUACAUUCUUUAUUGAUUAUUUUGGAACACCUUCAAACAGAACUAAGUAGGUGUAAUACAGUGCCUUUUCUUCAUCACACUGAAUUUUUAUGUUCCCCAUUUCAGUUGUUGUUUUAACCCCACAAGGGCGAGAGAGGUCAAACUCACAAAAGACCGUUUGCAUAUUGAGCUGUCAAAAAAAAAAAAGCAUAUCCUGCCAUUGAUUUCCAUUUCCUUUGUUCCUUAGUGAAGUUUGAAUUCCUCGCCGACUCUCGCAGUGUUUUGAUUAUUCCUGCGGCCCCUUGGGUGUACGCUGAGACUCUGUUUAAGCGGGAGUUGGGUUCACUUCUGCAUCAGUGAAAUAAAAGACUUUCACCGGAGCUGGAGUCAAACGGAGAGCAAUGACUUACUUAAGAAACCAGACACAGAGUUGGAGACGUUAGAGAGAGACGGGAGGUGAAGUGAAGGAGAAAGUCUAUCCAAGUUUCAGUUCACGUCCCGGGGAGUUCAUUAGGAACGUAACAAUUAAAUUCAAUUAUUUAUUUGUACCUCUGAGUUUAAUUUAAAAUGUCCUCGAGUGUUUAAAGAUAAGGUUAAGUGUACUUUUUUGAAAACAUGUAAAGUCCAACGCUUUUGAACUUAAAGUUGUAGUAAAAACCAUUCACGGCAAA